AUGGGUAUCAUCGGUCACUGGAUAUCUCCCGAGUUUGAAAAGCGAGACGAACUCCUUGAGUUCACCGAAAUUAACGGACCGUAUUCUGGAGAGAACCUAGCGGAGGUUGUGCUAAAGAUGCUCGACGAACUAGACAUCGCGCCCAAACUCCUGACUAUCACCGGGGAUAAUGUAGGCAAUAAUGGAACACUCUGUGAUAGCCUACAUCACUAG